CCUCGUCAGCCGUCUCUCGCUGACUCGCGCUGUCACAGUGCUCAACUCCCUUUCCAGCAGUCGUGGUGGUCCUUGCUCUGGCUUGCGAGGUCAGGAAAAAACGCCGGCUUGUUUUUCAGUCAGUUCUCUCUCUUUCCCGCGUUCUUUUCGUCCAUGUUUUUCUCUCGACGCCUCUUCCAAGUUUCUUCCGUUUUCCUCUUGUCCACUUAUUUUAGUUGUUCUCGUGACGCUGUAGGCGACGAGACGUCCCUGCCCUUCUGGUAACGUCGGAGGGUUGUUUUCCAAUCACCCUCCUCGAUGGCAAGUCCGCAUUCACCACGCUCGCCCGGUCAUGGAGCUCCGAUACCAACAGCCUUGGAAAGCUCAGCGGCUGGCGAGAGCUCAGGUCUUGACGACUGGGAGAGUCCGUAUCACGUCAAUCUUACCGAGCGGCAUGCGGACCCCAGCGGGCAUACCAUGGACGAGCUAACGAGUGUUGAUGACUUUGCUAGCGGUGCGGAAGGUCUCGGAGGCCACCACAACGCGUCAGCCACCGGUACAGCACGGCAGCAGCCAUUCGAACAGCACAGAGAAUUGCUGCGCCAAGCGGACACCGAACGCGGCGGGGCGGCCAGCCUAUUUCGUCGAAGUCGAAACUCACAAGCGAACGAGGGCGGUUCCAGCGAUACAGCAAUGUCGCCGGAAGGCGGAGGUAGUGACCAGAGCGCACUGUCCGAAUCUUGGCUUGCCAACGACAGCCAACGGUCGCUCGCGGAAGAAGCCGCAGCAGUGGCAGUCCGCAGGCGAAACACCCACGCGUCACGCUAUGAUGCGUCGGACAGUGCAACCACCAAGUCCCGGAGUCGAUGGCAGCCCGAGAGAGGAGAGACAUCGUCGGCAACUCGCACAGCGACGGUCUCGGGUCAUGCCGCAGCGAACGGUAAUGACAGACAAGUAUCACCAGCAGCAGCUGUAGCAGCGGCGGUGGCUGUGGCACCAAUGUCGGAUCCACGCAUGCCUCUGCGACCGGGUGGGGUCACGGACGUUAUCCUAUCGGCACUGGCUGCAUGCCAGGCAGACGAUCAACCGACGUCCGUGCAGUCAGCGAUGAAUAACAAGCAACAGCAACAACAACAGCUACAUCCGGCGGCAGCUACGGAGAACGCCAGUCAGCCAUCAGGACAGAACCCACACUCAGUGCCAAGCGCUCGAGCAGCAUGGAACACGGGCGCCAGUAUGCCAGUAGCAUCGGCCGUUCUGCCUGCAGUGCAGACCAGCGAGAGCGGGCACGGGGGUGGGGGCACGACUUGGUUUGACGAUACCGAGUGCGGCAGCGAGUCUGCGCUGAGCGCCACCUGGUCCGGGCAGGGCGAGGGCAUAGCGUACCACUUCCUGACGUCGCAGCGCUCCCAGGAACGCUGGGCACAGCUGAACCUUAUCGGUGGCAGUGGUGGUGGUGGUGAUGGGGAUGGAAGAGGAACACACACAGACAAGCCCGCCAACGCAUCCAUGGUCGAAGUGGUGCAGCACUUCGAACAGGCGGACGCCGCCAAGACCACACGGCAGCAGAGAGUGCCCAGGCACUACGCCAAGACCUCCAGCACGCCGUGCGUCGGUAAAAAGAACAGGCGGCCGCCGAGCAGCUUGAAUCUCACCGCCAUCUCGCAGGUGUCCACGACGGACCGCUUCAUGGAAUCCACCGACUCACUGGCACCUGAUGCAUUGGGCUUUGUCGACAUACCCCAUCCCGCUCACAACCGCAAUGCUAUCACCAAGCACUAUCAACCGUCACACGUUGAAACACGCGCAGCACAGACAUCAACAGCUCAACCACGAACCACUGCCGACCAUGUACAGGCCCAUCACGGUGCUGAUGGCGACGUCGCUGGUGGAGCGGACGUCCCGCAGAGAGCCAUGACCAUCUACAACAACCUGAUGAACGAACAACGGCGAGGCGGCAGCAGUGUGCGUUCACCCGUGCCCAUCUGUGCCGUGGCGUCCGCCGGCAGACGCAUUGACACUGUUCCUGCGGCGGCGACGGUGGCUACUGGCCAUGUUGCUGCGAGUUUAGCCGUGCGGCAACACGGUGAGCAGGAGGCGGGCAGCGAAACGGACAACACCGCACCCAACGCCGACAGCGACAUGCCGAGUUCAACGUUCCCCGACGACCACAAAUCAUCUGCGCAGCCUGCGACCAUCGUCGUCACGGCGACGACCCCUGCCAAAGAGCGUUCCGCGCCGGAAAGCAUGGUGGACAUGGUGACGCCGGCACGAUACGGACGUACAAGUAACUUCCUACUCAGCGCGUUGAGGAGGAAGCGCUCACCUUCAAGCAUGGCACGAUCACGGCGCUCCAGUACCCAUGGUAUUGUAGUGAAGAGCAAUCCGGAAAGUAUACCGUUUGAGCUCUCGAAAGGCUGGAAAGAGGUGGGCAAGCAGCGCUAUGGUCUAGAGGACGAGAACGACAUCAUACAGCAGCUGGCCGAUGACGACCGGCGCACGUUCUACAUCAAGCCGGAUGCGCAGGAGGAGUGGCGUCGCGACGCGGUGGAGUGGCGCUUUGCGCGCCUGCACCUCGUCUGGCUGGUGUGCGCCUGCCUGCUGCUGACGUACGGCAUCGCGUGCCUGUGGCAUACGCUGCAAGUGCCGCGCUCUGUACGCAGUGCCGUACUGUGGUUGGUCGACGGAAGCGGCGCCUCCGCUGUUGUCGCCAAUCUGACGUGUACUCGGCCGUCCGACAGUCCGGUGCUUUCGUCGCUGACGAUCGGCCGACAUGACGCCACAUUGUCAGCCAUGAUGAUGCUGGAAUGCUUAUUCUUGCUGAUGAGUGGCAUGUGGCUGCUGCGACGGUUUCGACGCUAUUCCGCGCAGCUGCUGGAUAGCCGGAAGUUAUUCGUGUUAAUAGCGUGUGUGGUGAUGGUGCUAGCGGGGUUCAUUACCUGUGCCAUUGCAGUACACCACUUCUCCGUUGUCGACAACUUGAUUGAAGGUAACAAAGCACAAUGUCAUACCCUAGAGGACGGUGGCUGUCAGUGUGGUGGUGUGUAUCUACUCUGCGUCGGCUCGCCUGACAAUAGCGGUGGGGAGCCACAGCAACACCGGAACGUGUCCAGUCAAGGAGAGUCACUGCUGACCGCUCGUAUCGUCGAUCCCCUCAUGCAGUGUUAUGAGCAGCAAGAGCGUCUGAUGGAUUUUCUCCAGUUCAAGCUGCCCCUGGCCGGCUUUGGUGUGAUCCUGCAGGCAGGCGCCGUGUUGUUUACCAUGGCAGCGCUGGUAUUCAGUAUCCGUGAGCACUGGUGCCUAUCAAGCCAGCGACGGCUCACCUUCGAUGACAACUGGGAGCAUGAGACGGAAGAGGGACGGCACUUACCCAUAGAAAAGCUGUGCGAGCGACGCCAAUCACGCAUCAGUGCAGGCAAGACACGCGCGAAGUUCAUCGCCAGAACGCUGGAGAAAAUCGAGACGACAACAGCAGCUGUCACAGCCACAGGCGCGGCAACCGACGGUGGCAGACAUAACGGAUCAUCGACGCUCGUCAACACGAUCGUCAACGUGGCCAUAUUCCGAGGAGAAGAUAGCGAUGAGGAUCAUGUUCCGCCAUCGCAAACGGACAGCAUGGCAAAUCUGUAUGGCGUACAGGCCAGCUGUGCACGCAGUCGUAUCUUCGGCAUGGGUAUGUCCUUGACGGCACUUGCCGCAGCCGUGAAAAAAGAGGACCUAUCCGCGUCGUCUGCAACUGGUGAUGGCGAGAGGCGCGAGGAUGCUGGCUCGGAGGUACAGGAAAGUCUGGCCGAUGAGUCCGAUCCGGCCGGUCUACGAAUUCCUGCGAGCACUGCAAAUCGAGCCAGCACCGAGAGCACUGCUGUUGUGACACACAGUGAAGCAGUGGGACCUGUCUCUACCAGCCAUGAUCUUGGUCCUCAAUCAAGCACCUCGUCUCGCGCACGCACAGCGGGAUAUUGUGACGAUAAGCGUGUCACGGAUUCCCUAGAGGAGGCGGGGAGAACUGGCGAGGAUGGCACAGCAAACACAUCCGCACACUGUAACCGGAACAGUUUGAAUACGCAUGCUUCUAGAAGUACCUGCGGCGACUCUGCUGCUGACGACUCGGGUGACGCUGAGAAGGAUGAGAGCCAUAGCAACUCCGACUCCACCCUGCAGCAGAACAAUAGCGGGAAUCCAGCGAGUGUCGUGAAAACGCCGCCAGCAUCACCCACACAAAGCGAUACACUGCAUGCAAGUGCACAGCACGGCAGCGGCAGUUCGCCCGUGGCCCGACCAGCGGCAUCAAGGCAAGUCGGUAACCAUGGCGACGGGCGCGUUCUCGGCGACAUGGCGUGCGCAAGGACAGUAGCCGACGAUUGCCAUGACAACCAACAGACGAUCACGGGCAUUGACGGAAUAUUCUCUUCGGCCCUCACACAACACACCGCGGACAAACACGAGCAGGCACAUCGUCAGGGCGAGGUUGUCGCGCGCUCUCUGCCCUACCGGAAGUGGCCUGCGCGGCGCUACAUCCCUGGCUCGUCCGAGGACCUGCUUCCCGAGUGUGCCACCAGCAGUGAUGCCGGUGCUGCUGCUACCACCAAUGCAGUGUAUGUACUACCAGCAACAUGCCAUAGUGUGGCUGCUACCAGUGCUGCUGCUGCGUAUGCUGAUGGUGAGCUGCUGGCCGGCAAUCCAAUGCUAGGUCCCGCAGCCGCUGCGGUCGGCCUUCACCAUUCCAUGCGCAGGCAAGGAUCGUUGCCACGGCGCAGGUCGGGCGAACAGCACCUUCAGCGCCGAGGCAGCAGUAGAAGCGCCGUCGUCGCCGCCGCUGGAGGACGUGUCAGCCUGCAUGCUCUGAUGCCACCGCCGCCGCUGUCCGCGUCCUCCGCCGCGUACGGACGGGGAUUCCCCUCGGACGGUCGUCGGGCCAGUGACUCGGGUCUGAGCCUUGCCACCACCGCCGAUGCAGACGCAGAGCGCAGCCUUCUGUCGCAGUCGUACGGCACCACCGACCUAUUUGGCUCGGACAUGACAAUCACGCAGGAAAACGUCAACACCCUAUCGUGUUCCGCAACGUCGGCCGCACGACAACAUGCCAGUCAGUCUGAUGAGUCGCCGCAAUCGAGAAGCUCACCGCUCACGGUGCCGCCUGAGAGUUCGGACACCCCCGACACGGCCUCUGCGCUGUCGUCGAGCGGCGACUACGACCACACGCAUGGCAACGACACUGUCACCAAUGGCAACGACACCGUCACCAAUGGCAACAGCAAUCUGAACGUGGAGCUGCAUGAGGAUAACCCUCGUCCGGCUAGCACCACUCCACCGUCGAGUAACAACAGCAGCGGGAGUAGCUCGUCGCCACACGAGCAGGGCGAGAUGAGCUCGGUGGACUUCUGCGAGAGCAUUCCACCACCUCGCCAGGACACCGACCAUCUAGUGUACAGCCGCAGCAUCGGUGGCAGCAGCACCCUCCACCAAUCACCAGCCAGUGCCACGUCUUCGCACGGCCGCAGUAUCGGCACCAGUAACCGUCUUGCCAUGGCUACCGCUCCCGUGGUUGCUGGAGUCGGCGAUGGCGGCAAUGGGGGUGGUGUUGCCCUUGUCCUUGGCUCUCGGCUCCGGGAGCCUUCCCAAACGUCGUCGUCAAGCGGCGCUGUAAUCUUCAGCAACUACACGGCCGAAACGCGCGUAUGAGUCGUCCACCGACAUAACGAUAGCAAUCACGUUGGAGUGUGUAUUUCUGUAAAUGGACGUAAUCGGAACCAUCAAGCUUUCACAUGCACGCGCACUCUCUAACUUCAGUGCUGUGAGGUUACGUGAGGUUAUGCGGUUAUGCACUGUAGCUGAUCAAUGCAGUCACCACGAAACUGUGUACUGCUGGUUGAGCGGAUGAACUCCUGGUUAGUAGCUUUCAAGUGCAGUGCCUUCUCCAACAUUCCCCCAAUGCCAAUGGUGUGUCUAGGGGAGGUGUAGGGCAGGAAUUUCCGGAGCAGAACGGUCAUGAAGCGCGGUGGUGCAUUUCUUCGGUACCUUGCCGGCACCUAGGGCUUGACAAGUUGAAGAAAAUCUUCUCCUUGCCACCGCAGGGGAAGUUCUGUUUUUAGGGGCAGGAAUUUCAAGAUAUGCUAGCACCCCAUGCGUGUGCGCGUGUGUGUGCCUUUGCGUGUGUGUUUCGACCGUUUUUGUUGCGCAUUCUCCGGUUCCGGCAACACGCUGCAUUUGGUGUCACGCUGCCUGGCUGGCUGGCUGAUGUAACUCUUGCAUUGUUCUCUGGCUUUUGCUAUUUUCUUUGUCGGAUAAUUCUUUGUGGGCUAACUGCACCACAGCUUCUAUGUAAGCCGCUGCUAGGUGCUGUUCACAGCUCUGAGCUAGAAUGGAAUGACUCCACUCUCCACUUUGCACUGGGGAGACUUUUCUCCUAUGCAGUGAACAUAAGUGUUUGCUGUUGGUACCCUGAGCUGAGCUGUACUGCUGUCGGUAAGGUUCCAUGGUAUUCUCAGUUUUUUUUUAUCUCCUUCGUAGUUCCCCAAAUUUGUGAGCGUUCGGCAUCCUGUUUCUCUUGCGCUAUGUUUACUCAUUUUUACUUGUAGUGAGCAUUUUUUGGUUGCAUUUUCGUAAUUUCGACUGGAUGGGGACUUGUAAUUGCUGUGCCUUCAUGGAUUAGCUACUUUUGGCGUUAAUUUUCGUUUUAACCUUCUUGUAGAUCAUCAGGUUUCUGAACUAGUACUUCAAGUAAUUUUUGUUCCUUUUGCCUUCUUUUGUAGCAAUAAUGGUGCGUACUGCUAACUACCAAACACUUACUUCCUUUUUUCUAGGUUUGUGAGCUUUGUCCAUCAACUGAA